AUGACAACCUUUCAAGCUGAGUUGGCACAUCGAGAAUAUCAGGCAGGAGAUUUUGAGGCAGCUGAGAGAUACUGCAUGCAGAUCUGGAGACAAGAGCCAGACAAUACUGGUGUACUUUUAUUACUUUCAUGUAUACACUUCCAGUGUCGAAGGCUGGACAGAUCUGCCCACUUUAGUACUCUGGCAAUUAAACAGAACCCUCUUCUGGCAGAAGCCUAUUCGAAUUUGGGGAAUGUAUACAAGGAAAGAGGGAAGUUGCAGGAAGCAAUUGAGCAUUACCGGCAUGCAUUGCAUCUCAAACCAGAUUUCAUCGAUGGUUAUGUUAACCUGGCAGCCGCUUUGGUAGCAGCAGGCGACAUGGAAGGGGCAGUACAAGCUUAUGUCUCUGCUCUUCAGUACAAUCCUGAUUUGUACUGUGUUCGCAGUGACCUGGGGAACCUGCUCAAAGCCCUGGGUCGCUUGGAAGAAGCCAAGGCAUGUUAUUUGAAAGCAAUUGAGACACAACCGAACUUUGCAGUAGCUUGGAGUAAUCUUGGCUGUGUUUUCAGCGCACAAGGGGAGAUUUGGCUUGCAAUUCAUCACUUUGAAAAGGCUGUCACCCUUGACCCCCAUUUUCUGGAUGCUUAUAUCAAUGUAGGAAAUGUCUUGAAAGAGCCACGGAUUUUUGACAGAGCUGUGGCAGCUUACCUUUUUGCCCUAAGCUUGAGUCCAAAUCAUGCAGUGGUACAUGAACAUCCAAAAGACUUGAAGCUCAGUGAUGGUCGACUGCGUGUAGGAUACGUGAGUUCUGACUUUGGGAAUCAUCCUACUUCUCAUCUUAUGCAGUCUAUUCCAGGCAUGCACAAUCCUGAUAAAUUUCAGGUAUUCUGUUAUGCCCUGAGCCCAGAUGAUGGCACAAACUUCCGAGUGAAGGUCAUGGCAGAAGCCAGUCAUUUCAGUGAUCUUUCUCAGAUUCCAUGCAAUGGGAAAGCAGCUGAUCGCAUCCAUCAGGAUGGUAUACACAUCCUUGUAAAUAUGAAUGGUUAUACCAAGGGUGCUCGAAAUGAACUCUUUGCUCUCAGGCCAGCUCCUAUCCGGGCAAUGUGGCGGGGGUACCCUGGGACUAGUGGCGUGCUUUUCAUGGAUUAUAUCAUCACUGAUCAGGAAACUUCACCUGCUGAAGUUGCUGAGCAGUAUUCUGAGAAACUGGCUUAUAUGCCCCAUACUUUCUUUAUUGGUGAUCAUGCUAAUAUGUUCCCUCACCUGAAGAAAAAAGCGGUCAUCGAUUUUAAGUCCAAUGGGCACAUUUAUGACAAUCGGAUUGUGCUGAAUGGCAUCGACCUCAAAGCAUUUCUUGAUAGUCUACCAGAUGUGAAAAUAGUCAAGAUGAAAUGUCCUGAUGGAGAAGACAACGCAGACAGCAGUAAUACAGCUCUUAAUAUGCCUGUCAUUUCUAUGAAUUCUAUUGCAGAAGCAGUUAUUGAAAUGAUUAACAGAGGACAAAUUCAGAUAACAAUUAAUGGAUUCAGUAUUAGCAAUGGACUGACAACUACCCAGAUCAACAAUAAGGCUGCCACUGGAGAGGAGGUUCCCCGUACCAUUAUUGUAACCACACGUUCUCAGUACGGGUUACCGGAAGAUGCCAUUGUGUACUGUAACUUUAAUCAGUUAUAUAAAAUUGACCCACCUACUUUGCAGAUGUGGGCAAGUAUUCUGAAGCGUGUUCCCAAUAGUGUACUGUGGCUGUUGCGUUUUCCAGCAGUAGGAGAACCUUAUAUUCAACAGUACGCACAAAAUAUGGGCCUUCCCCAGAACCGUAUCAUUUUUUCACCUGUUGCUCCUAAAGAGGAACAUGUUCGGAGAGGCCAGCUGGCUGAUGUCUGCUUGGACACUCCACUCUGUAAUGGACACACCACAGGGAUGGAUGUCCUUUGGGCAGGGACACCCAUGGUGACUAUGCCAGGAGAGACUCUUGCUUCCCGAGUUGCAGCUUCCCAGCUCACUUGUUUAGGCUGUCCUGAGCUUAUUGCUAAAAAUAGACAAGACUAUGAAGACAUAGCUGUGAAACUGGGAACUGAUCUAGAAUACCUGAAGAAAAUUCGUGGCAAAUUCUGGAAGCAGAGAAUAUCUAGCCCUCUGUUCAACACCAAACAAUACACAAUGGAACUAGAGCGGCUCUAUCUACAGAUGUGGGAGCAUUAUGCAGCUGGCAACAAACCUGAUCACAUGAUUAAGCCUGUUGAAGUCACUGAGUCGGCCUAAAUAAUGACUGUGUGCACAGGAGAAUUACCCCUGUACCUAAGCCUCAACCUUCUGGGGGAAAGGGAACUACUUUUUACUUACCUGUACAAUAUCAUGUUGCAGAUGGGUGACAGACAAUGAUAAGAAAUAGCACAGCAAUGUAAAUUGAUACAGCCACUAUGGAGAACAGUAUGGAGGUUCCUUAAAAAACU